GGGGCAGUCUCCUUCCAUUCAAGCUGGCCGCAGCAAAACAGAGCUUCAGCUUUCACAAGUUUCAUAGCAUGGUCACAUCUACGCGUUUUGGAGUCCCGACGGUGAAAUUUGGAGCUUUCUCGGUACCAAGCUCUCGAAUUUAUCGAUGUUCGGUACCGAGAAACACACCCGACCCUAAACGCUGGGACUCCGCAAAAGUUCGGUACCGAGGUUUCGGUAGCUAGAGCUUCCGAAAAGACCCGUCCGUAGACUGGUACUAUGAUUACUAUCCCGGAUAUCACGGGAGCUUUCAAUGUUCCCUCCUCGCUACCGAACUUCCAAAACUUGGUAGAUGUGACCGGGAAGGCAUUCUCGGUACCGUGAAUUUGUUUGGCGCAAUUCCCAAACUUUUUCCAAAGCUCAGAUGUGACCAUGCUAUCAGUUCCUCCCUUCACAACUUUAGAUUGUCAGAGACAGAAGGCUGAGACGGAUUAUCUGCGUCUCCUGACAACUGCAAGGUCUUGUCUGUUUAGGAGUACUGACCCUGUUGGACGUCAAGCCAGGAUCGCUUGAGCUGUUGUGGAGCUGCGAACAUGAAGCGACGAACUGUGCUGUCCGCCGUUCUGCUCACUGUGGUGCUACUUUAUGUUUCCAAGGGCGAGGCGCUGUCCCUUUCCUGCACGCAGACGCUGCUAGCUGUCCGGCCUUGCCUGGACACUCCCUCAGGGCCCGCCUGUUGUAAUCCUGCCAGAGCUGCAAAUGACGACAAGUGCUUGUGCGACCCGGGCAUCUUCGACCUGGCCAGGCAGUAUGGCGUCAAAUUGGACGCUUCCAACAUCACUCAAAUAGCUCUGAACUGCGGGUUCCCAAUCACAACAGUGGCGCUUGCAGGCACUUCCAAUUGCCCCUAUGUCCCAGGAGCGACUGUGGCGCCAGCCCUUGCAAAGGCACUCAACUCCACGGCUACCUUACAGGGCAACUACACGGUCGACAAUACCACCUUUUUUGUGGUCACCGUCGGCAACACCAGCUUUGCCACCAACUGCACCGCUGCCAACGUCACGGCUUCCUUGAACAACCCUUUGAAUGCAACGCUUUUGACAAGCUUGAAUUGCACUGCUCUGAAUGCCACAAAUAGUACGAACCUUACGCAAGCCUUUCCGCUGUUGACCACACUUCCCGCUUCCGCCCAAGUGCCACCACCAUCAUCAGGCAGGCCAACCUGUUGUAAAAUUCCACUGGUCAGCUAUUUUUGUGGCUGGUUUGGGAGUGGUUGUUCGUAGGCAGUCCUUGAUGUUGAUAAAAGAGGUUGUUUACAACUUGGCUCCUUGAAUAUGCUAAGCACGCUAGCGUUGUAAUAGGUGCCGCCAGGGUGUCAAUGGCAUCCAGUGGUUUUGUAUGACUCUGUUCAUCAUUUGUCAUAGGAGAGGGUCGGACAAGGUGUUAGUUCAAUUCAAAGGUGCAGGUCUCUCAGUGGUUUGUAAUGCUAAUGGAUUGUAGACUUGUUGGUGCCAACAUUUUGACCAUACAUAAAACAGGUUGUUCCUUCUAUUGACUGGACUUCACUUGGAUCAACUGAUUUUAGAUGUCGAGGCAGUAAGACCUUGCAUUAGACGAACUAUAAGCUUAUUGGGGUAUUUAGCCCGGUUGCAGCUCGAUAUAAGAUUUCAAAACAGCGCCACUUUUGAUCCAUAUGACCGCUUACUAAGAGAUCCUCGGCAUAUUACCAGAUUGUUGGCAAAUCAAGGACACAUAUUGAGGAAAUGUUUCACCUGAGAUGCUACCUAGUGUACCAUCAACUUACGUGCUACAAUGGCUG